UGUGCUGUUGAGUCACCCCUGGCUGGUAACAGCCAGAUAGCGGAAAACAACUCGAGAUGAUGCUGAAGAACUGGCCGUCUUCGAACCGAUCCAGAAACUAAAUAAAUGCUCGUUUCAGUAAGGAUAUUACCUCGAGUAUCUUUGUUACACCGUACCAGCCUGACAUUGUAUCAAAAUGAUGGAGGAAAUUGACAGAUUUCAAGUGCCUCCGGUUAAUCCAGAGAUAAAGCUGCUGGAUUCCACAGCAACGUCUGCUUCGGAGGCUGACUCAAAUACGAGAGAACCAGAGUCAGUCGCCAUCAGCUACAAGCCUUCCCCACUACAAGUGAAAAUAGAGAAACAGAGAGAACUGGCACGGAAGGGUUCGGUGAAGAAUGGAACUGUGGGCAGUCCGGUCAAUCAACAACCCAAGAAAAAUAAUGUCAUGGCCAGGACAAGGUUGGUCGUCCCUAAUAAAGGCUAUUCAUCCUUAGACCAAAGUCCAGAUGAGAAGCCGCUUGUAGCCUUGGACACAGACAGUGACGACGACUUUGAUAUGUCCAGAUAUUCAUCGUCUGGAUAUUCCUCAGCUGAGCAAAUAAACCAAGACUUAAACAUCCAGCUGCUGAAGGACGGCUACCGAUUGGACGAGAUCCCAGAUGAUGAAGAUUUGGACCUCAUCCCACCCAAAUCAGUCAAUCCUACCUGCAUGUGCUGCCAAGCCACUUCCUCCGCAGCCUGUCAAAUUCAGUAACCCUCCCAAACCUCUGAGUUAAGCUCAAAACUAACUAGAGUAACUACUAAAGAACUAAGAAACACAAUAGAAUGGGUUUAUUUCAAUUAAUUUAUUAAAGGGAGUAGUACUGAAUGAAAUGCACAAGAAAUAUGUUACUGUCAUUGGUUCCUCCUAUGGUAGGACGUGAGGAUUUGUAUCAUCACCAGAGGGCGCUAAACUGGGGUGUGUAGUACAGAUGCAGUGAGGUACGUCGUGAAUGCAGGGAAAAGGAUGUCGCUGUUAACAUCAUUUUAAAAAUGGGACAAAAGAGAACGUGUGACUUUUUUUCAGGAUUAUUAUCUAAAACAAUGUUUCCAAACCCAGCGUCUUAGGUCUCACAUCCAUCAGUCAGACACUAAACCAGAAAUGUGUUCUGGACAUCAUUUUACAUUUUUAUUAACACUAUAAAAAUGCCCAUUUUUACAAUAAAAACUUUGAGAUUACUUAAACUAUUGAUACUCACAAAGUCACUUCCCAUCAAACUGAAUUAUUUGAAGAAACCCAGAACUUAAUAUUGAAUUGACUGAUACAUUCAAGGGAACAAAACAUGAAAGUGUGUCACGUUAUUGCGUAGAAGUGUAAAUGAGAAAAGUAAAUCUUGAUUUAUCGUUUUAGUGAUACAUGUUGUACUCAACACCGAGCUGCUGUUUAUAUACGCGGCAAAAUGAAAAUACGCUACUCACACUUCUUCGCUCGUGUUAUGUGUGUGAAUCUGCAUUAAAGGGACACUCCACUUUUUUGAGAAUAGGCUCACUUUCCAGCACUUUCCAAGGGGAGUUAAACAUUUGAUUUUUACCGUUUUGGGAUCCAUUCAGUCGAUCUCUGGGUCUGGCGGUACCACUUUUAGCAUAGCUUAGCAUAAUCCAUUGAAUCUGAUUAGACCGUUAGCAUUGCGCUCUCAUUUCGGCGUAAUAAUCAAGGACUUUGCUGCUGUAACAUGGCUGCAGCAAGCGCAAUGAUAUUACGCACACACAAAAUAAUCCCCUUGGUAACUUUCAAUAGCAGGGGACUAAUUUCGGGCACUGCGUGAUAUCAUUGCCCUGCUGCAGCCAUUUUACAGCAGCAAAGUCCUUGAUUAUUACGCCAGAAUGAGAGUAUAGUUUCUAGCCAUAUCGGCCUAGAGAAUCGUAACUUUUAAUAUUUUCGUUGAUCUUAGUACACAAUGUAACUACAGAAGUGUCAAGUUUAAUAGGAAAAAUAUCAAAACUCUUUGGUCAUUUCUGAGCGCGAUGCUAAUGGUCUAAUCAGAUUCAAUGGAUUGUGCUGAGC